UUACUAAAGUUAACUAUUUAGCUCAGUCAUAUAUCCAGCUGUUCACAGUGUCUAGUCAAGCGGAUACCGAAGGAGUUUCUGUAAACAGCUAGCUCUAGCCUAUCAUACCUUUAUCUUCAUUAUUAGGUAGGUAGCUAGCUUAGCUAACGUUAGCUGUGGCUGUUAGCUAACCCUUUCGUUUACAAUUCAGAAAAAUGCGUUUGAUUUUAUUUAUUUAUUUUUUUGAACACGAGAAACAUUUCCACAUCUACGCCUACAAUUUUUUUUUUACGCGUGCAAUUUUUUUCCUACACGGACAAUACUUUUGGCACUAAAUUGACUCCAUACAUGACAGUCCAGUGCGUAUCUUCAGUCUGACUCUAAAUCUGCAUGUCAAACAGCUCCCUUUUCAAUCAAUCACUUGUGUCUACAUCAAACUUUAAGGCAUUUAUCUCCCUACAUUGGAAGUCUAAUCAUCGUUUGUGGUGUGCAACUCGGAUGAAGUGGGGGACUUUUACAGGUGCUGAAUCAGCCAGCUGGGGUUGCAGCGUCUGUCCCCCUGCGGGGCUAACCCUAACCCUAACCCUAACCACAAUCACCACUGGCAUGCCCGAAUAUGAGCUAUGAGCAUUGGGUUGUUGCAGAGGUUCCAUCUUAUAAAGCAAUCACCAUUUUGGCAUCUAACUUUGUAAUGAGGGCCUAGAUUUUUGUUUCUCAUAUCAGAUUUAUAUAAGUUUUUUUUGCAGUCUUUACAAGUGACUUUAAGCCUUCUGGCACUGGUACAGGAAGGAUGAUGUGGAGCAGAGAUUGCGAAAAUCAGGAGAGGGAGGAGCCGCUGUCUCAAGCCUGAUUCACCUGUCUGGGCAGUACUGACAUUUGUGUGUGUGGGCGUGUGUGUGUGUGUGUGUGUGUGACUCAGGAACAGAAAUACAAGGAAAGAAAGACACACCUCCGCUCUCUCAGUGAGAUAAAGAGGGAUGGCAGGAAGAGAGAGCACACUAAGUCCAGAAAGAGGAAAUAACCAGAACAGGAAGACAGAGAGACAGGUGAUCAGCCAGCACUCCGCACCACAAAUGAUGGCCGUAAACCACACCUUCUUCUCCUCCUCCCUCUCUCCCUCUUUCUCCUCCCACUCCACCUCUGCUGCCUCUCUGCAUGCCUCCCACCCCACCUCCAUCCCCCUCCUCUUCAACUCCACCGGCAGCCAGCCCCCAGAGGACAGGAGCGUAGUGAGCAAUGACACAUCUGCCCUGGUGGGGGCGCUCAUCCUCAGCCUGGUCUUCCUCCUGGGUUUGCCUGGGAACAUCUUCAUCAUCUGGAGCAUCCUGGCACGCGCACGCAAGCGCUCCAUUACCACUCUCCUCAUCCUCAACCUGGCCUGUGCUGACGGCUUCCUUGUGGCCCUCACUGUCUUCUUUGUGGUGUACCUGGUCAAGCAGAGCUGGGUGUUUGGGAACAUCAUGUGCAAGGUGCUGUUCUUCCUGUGCUGCUCCAACAUGUACGCCUCCAUCCUGCUCAUCAUGCUCCUGAGUCUGCACCGGCUGGUUGUUGUGGUGAAGCCGCGGUGUGGACGCGCCCUGGCUGACCGCAGGACUGUACUGCACCUGCUGGUGGUGCUGUGGCCGCUGGUGCUGCUCCUGUCCCUGCCAGCCCUGCUGUUCCGGGAGGAGAGGAUGGACGCUGGUGACAAGGAGAAACCCCGCCUGGUGUGUGUACCCAAUCACAGCCCGCCACGACAUCUGAUUGGCCAGUACACCACAGAGACGGUGAUGGGCUUUGUGAUCCCGUACGGCGUGAUCAUCUGCAGCUACGUGUGCAUCCUGCGCCGCAUCCAACAAACACGCUUCCACCGCAGAAUCCGCAGCGAGAAGCUCAUCCUCGCCAUCAUCACCACCUUCGGCCUGUUCUGGCUACCUUAUCACGUCAACAACAUGGUGCAGGUUGUAGCGCAAAUCUUUCCGAUCUCCUCACCCCUCAGGUCAAGGCUGGACAAUAUUGGGAAGUCCUGCCGGGCAGUGACCUCUGCGCUAGCCUUCAUUAGCAGCAGUGCAAACCCGGUGCUCUACGCCUUCGCGGGGAAGGCCUACAUGCAGCAGGAGGGCCUCAGCUUCAUGGCCCGGCUGUUUGAGCUGAUGGCGGUGGACCCCGGCACCAGGAAGGUCCGUAAGGCCAGCCGAGACCAGGCAGCUCUCGGGCUCAAAGACAGAGAGACAGAUUCCUCAAGAAGCCCCGCCCCCAGCUCCGCCCUCAGCCCCACCACUCUCCCUGCACUUGGCUCCAUCCCCACAACCAGCUCCCUGCUGUCUGACAGCAGGCAGAAUGGGACAUAAUGACGCUCCUCCCUCUCCCUCAAUCUCACUUUCCCUCAAUCCCUCCAAUGCUGCAGGUUGUGAUUUGUUUUGGGAGGUGUGCAGCACACAUCUGAGGGUAUAUGGACUGCAAGGUCUCCCAACCAUUUCACAAGUGAGGGGUCCAAACACAAAAGAACUGGAAGGUGAACAGGUGGUACUGUCAGGCAGGGGAUGGGCAUGGAGCUGGACCUGUGCCAACCGUGUCUGCAGGAGGUGCUCAGCCGGUCUCAUGACUAGGCUCCCGAAGUGGGGACAAGAUGAGGGAAACAUAGCCAUUAAACAGCUCAGACUUUCUGCUGAGUCAGGCAAUGGAGACAGAGGUGUACAAUAAGAAAAAGACCCAGCAGAAUAAGUCUGUCUCAGCAUAACUAGAGGAGCAAAGGUAACGGGCCAACAGUCAUGGGUGCAACCCUAAGACCAACCGAGACCACCAGACCAUGGUUUACCCUAACCCACCUUAACACAGAAACAUCAUGCUGACUGAUCCACCUUAACACAGAAACACCAUGCUGACUGAUCCACCUUAACACAGAAACACCAUGCUGACUGACUCACCUUAACACAGAAACACCAUGCUGACUGAUCCACCUUAACACAGAAACACCAUGCUGACUGAUCCACCUUAACACAGAAACACCAUGCUGACUGACUCACCUUAACACAGAGACACCAUGCUGACUGACCCACCUUAACACAGAGACUCAGAGAUUACUGGCAAAAAAAGCAAUUGAUUCACCUCAGUCUUCAAUUUGAUCAGCCAAAAAUUUUGCUACCUCUUUUUAUGUAAUUUUUUGCACUACAGCACAGUGAACAUUUUUAUUUUGCAUGGCAUGCAUAGCUCUUUCUUACAUAAUGUGGCUUAAGAGGGAAACAGUCCCUCUAAACAUGAAAAGCACUUAAUUAAUAAAAAUGAACAGCUUGUUAAAAUUCUGGGAUUGCACAGUCCAGCUGAGCUAUGGUACUGAGCUCCAAAGGAUCCCCUGGAAUAAAGGAGGGAGUGAGCUGCCAGUCUUCCGGAACAUUCCGCAUCCCGCUGUUCAGAGGACGGGACGACUGACCCUACAGCCGGGGCUGUAGGACAACUGAAAUCUUGUCCCUGAUUUUUGUAACUUUGCCAUCAAAACAUUCAUAGAAUCAUUACUGCUAAAUGUUACAGGAACAUAAUGAUAAAUUAAUAAAUGCAGAAUAAAUAAGCAAACCUGUGGACUA